UUUCGUUACACGAGGACACCCUCAUGUCUCUGUGGCCGUCUUCUGCCUAAGUUUUGGCUGGUCAGUGUGGUUUAAAGAUUUAAAAAAACGAGAUUCGUGAUGGACAUUGAUAAAACUACAACCCCAGACGCCAGCGCUGCCGUGGAGAGUAAAGAUGACACCGAGUCUUUCACAAAGGUGAAGUCUAAAAAGAGUCAGAAACGAAAACGUGAACAAGAUGGAGUGGGCAUGGACACAGAAGAGCCCGUGGCAAGCAAGCGGCCGCAGUUUCCACCUAUUUCAGGCGACAAAUUAAAGGGACCAGAUGAGAUGCGUAAAGUUGCUGUCCCAGCCCACAGAUACACCCCGCUGAAGGAAAACUGGCUGAAGAUUUUCACCCCAAUUGUAGAGAACCUACAGCUUCAAGUUCGAUUCAACCUCAAAACUAGGAAUGUUGAAAUCAAAACAUGCAAAGACACACAGGACAUUGGCUCGCUCACAAAAGCAACAGAUUUUGUCAGAGCAUUUGUUCUAGGAUUCCAGGUUGAAGACGCCUUAGCUCUCAUCAGAUUAGAUGAGCUUUUCCUUGAAACUUUUGAUGUCACAGAUGUGAAACCUCUGAAGGGAGACCACUUAUCCAGAGCGAUCGGAAGAAUAGCAGGGAAGGGAGGAAAAACCAAAUUCACCAUUGAAAACGUCACAAAGACUCGCAUUGUGCUUGCAGACACAAAAAUUCACAUAUUGGGGUCUUUCCAGAAUAUUAAGAUGGCCCGGACAGCGAUAUGUAACUUAAUUCUAGGAAGUCCACCUUCAAAGGUCUACGGCAACAUCAGGGUCGUGGCCAGCCGGACUGCAGAGAGAUUCUGAAGUCUUACUGGCUGCUGUUUGUAUUUAUCCUUUUCCCCCUUUGGCUGGUGGAAUUCUCACUUUGAUCGGAUCUGUGUUGAUAGAUAAAGUCUCUUUUGGACGGACAUCUCAGGGUCUUCUGUGAUGGCCUAAUGAUUUAAGCGGUCACCUGGUUUCAUGGUAACAGUUUAGGAUCAGUUGACCCAAAACAUGAGGAAAAAGUCAUGAUAAAUGCAUAAACAGUGUGCAAUUAUCUGUAAGCAUGAGUUUGUGUAAAUAAAUAAUUUCAAUCCCCA